GGAAUCCCAUCUACCAAGCGCUCCGUCCUCAACAAGAAGGAAGUUGGCGACAAGGUUUCCUACACGCUGCUCGUCGAAGGCUAUGGCUUGCGGGAGGUCAUGGGAACACCCGGGAUCAACCCGAACAAGACCAGCUCCAACCAUGUGGUGGAGGUGGAGAAGGUGCUUGGGAUCGAGGCAGCGCGUCGCACCAUCAUGCAGGAGAUCAAAGUCACGUUGGGCGCACAUGGAAUUUCUGUGGAUGCCACAUUCCCAGAGACUGCUGUGCAGUUUGCAGUGGAACCGCCAUGUCACUGUGAAGUCGGCCACUUGCCAUGGGCAUGA